AUGGCAGCUGAGGUGAAAUCUGGUGAUUUUAGAUUAAAGUUCUUGAUAACCAUGAAAUCAAUGCAUGGCUGGAAUGCCUUGCAGGAAGCUCUAGAGAAGAAAAGCAAAGCAGAAAGACAGAAGAUCCUGACUGAGUCUUUCCACCAGAAGGAAAUAGAAAUUGCUUUAGAGAUAGCAUGCAAACAAGGAAUGAUAGGAGCUGUGCAGUUUCUUACAGAUAAAUGUGGCAUUGAUGUCGAAAAAGUUAAGAAUGUUUGUGUGUGGACUGCAGCAAGUGGAAGGCAUUCUAAUAUUGUGAAAUAUUUCAUUGAAAACCAUUCUUUUGAUGUUAAUCUGCAAAAUGACCAAGGAAUGGCAGCCAUACAUUUUGCUUGUGUUUCUGGAAAUGAACAUUUAGUGGAGUAUCUAGUUAACAAAGGAGCCAGUUUGACAGACACUAAUAACAAAAAUGUGAAUUGUCUUAUGGCUGGUGCUUGGGCUGGCUCUUUAAAAAUAUGUGAAAUGGCCAUAAAAGCCGGAGUGGAUGUCAAUGCCAAAAACUGCUAUGAUGAACACAUUCUUCAUGGGACUAUCCGACAGGGCUUCAAUUUAAACGAGAGUCGUCUACAUAUCAUAGACUAUUUGGUUAAGGCAGGAGCAAAUGUGAACAGUGUAAAUACUGCAAACAUACCAGUGGUCAUAUAUGCUGCUCUUACCUUUCAAUCAUGCACUAAAACUCUAGGGUAUUUCCUGAAGCAUCCUCAAGUGAACAUGCAUGAUAAAAUUGAUGCAAUGAAAUAUGGAGGAGCAUUCUUGAUUAGCACAGGGAAUUCAAAAAGAGGAUUCAAGUAUUGGACAAGAGCUGUUGAACUCCAGGAGAAGAUGAAAUUUGUAGAAGAUGAGAAUAACAAUUCUGCACCUUAUCAUGGUGAUUUUUCUUCCUAUGAGCCAACUUGCAUUGAAGAUAUCCAUAGAAUGAAGGAAAAUCCAGUUCUACCAAUUUAUUUCAUGUUUGCACUUUUAUCUAAGCUUCAUGUCAAGUAUGGUCAUAAUUGCAUACCAUGUCUAGAAGGGUUAACUGAUGUGAUUAUUUCACUGGGAUGUUAUGGUUUCUUUCUAGAAGUUUUUGCAUUCACCUUCCUUCACACCUUUUCAAACAAUGAAAAUGUGAGUGCAAUUCCAGAGUAUGAUAGUGCCUUCAGGACCAUCUGUGUCAUAUUAGCCUGGCAUGAUGAGAAGGGAGAUGAAAUUUUCCCAAAAGUGUUGGAAUUUUAUAAGAAAAUGUCUUGCGGUUUUGAAAUGAAACAGCUGUGCUGCCAGAAGGUAAUUGAGGAUGAAGCAGAAGAGAUUUCACAAACAGAGAGAGAUUUAAGGGAGAUAAUUGUACAUGCACUUGAAUAUAACUGUCCGCAUGAUGGAGAUGAGGGGAGUGAUUUGGAUACUUGUUCUUCUUAUGAUGACUAUAAAGAUGGAAAACAGAGAAAUAUGUACAUGAAACUUAUGAUACAACUCAGUGCUUUGAUUCUUGGCAUUUUUCCCAGUCAUAGAGAGGAAUUCCUGCCCUCUCUUUUUAAGCUUCUGAUAACAAAGUUCAGGGAUGAAAAACAAGUAACUUUUCUCCACAUUGCCAUAGAAUGCAUGGAGACCACUCAAGAUUAUCAAUGGGAUGAAGAUAACCAGGCAGAACUAGUAAAGAUACUGAUAGAAAAUGGAGAAGAUGUAAAUGCCACAGAUAAUUACCUCUGCUCACCUGUACAUGAACGGGCUGCAAUUGUACAAUGUGAUAACCUACAUCUCAUUCAGGAAACAGUGGACUUGAUGGUAAAGCAUGGUGCUCACUUGGACAUCAGAAAUAAGAUUGGUUUGUCAGGGCUUAAUGAUAUGAUUGAUUGUGGAGUUAAAGUUAAUACUGCAGCAAAUCAAACGCUCCAAUGUCUGGCAGCUGAAGUUAUCAUGGAGAAGAAUCUAGAUUACCGAAGUUCCACUCCAAAAGCCUUGUGGGAUUUCAUUCAGCUGCAUGAUCCAGAGGAACGUUUGGAUGAGUGUAAAAUUCCGUAUGCUUGCACAUUCUACGGUCCAGAACGGUUUUGGUUUAAUGUAGAAGAUCAUGUGUGUGAUGUAUAAUGAAGCUGGUCCAUAAGAAUUGAUGGUUCCAAAAUGAAGGAAUUGACAGAGAGACUGUACAUUCAUUUUCAUAGUAUCGAAAUAGAAGGACUAAAGGUUGUUUUAAAAAGAAAGAUCUUGAGCCCUGCUUGCCGAAAUACUUACUUGAUUGUUUCCUCUUUUAGAUA